UAACGCGUUGCCCUCUUUAAACCUACGUCGAGGCGGAACCAAAACACUGUUUUUUGUUUCGAAAUUUAAACUAAAUUAAUUUGAAUUUUUGCGGUAGUGACGCCGAACAGGUCGGAGGACCUAACUUUAAAAAACCCACAAAUCGAGAUGGUCUCCACGGACGAGAAGACCGACGUUAAACAGAAAGAUGCUGACAGUGCACUGGUUGUUGCAGUGACAUCUCGUGCGGUGUUUGAAUCAGGAGCGGAAAACCGUGAUGGCUUGUAUGGAGUAGGCAUAGCAUUUCCACUGCUGCAGGCGCUACAGAGGGUGAAUGAACGUCUGCUGAAGGAAAAUCCUGCUGAGUCGCUCCUCUUUGAUGUCAUUCUGAUCACCACCGACAGUCAGCAGCAGCAGCACCAGUCCCACAUCACUGGCAGCACCAAACAUCAUGGUCUCAUGGUCAGCAGGUUCUGUUUUGCCAGCGAGGAGGAUUUCAUUGAGAAUCUGCUGCAAAAUAACGUGCGCCUCUUUCUGACGACGGACAGAAAUGAGGCAUUGCAGGGAUCGCAAAAAGGUGUUCUUUCUGUGCUGCUGGAUGAGCACACAGCUUCCUGUCCAUCAGAGCAGCUCAGAGUUUUAUUCUGUGGAGAUGCCAUCGUCCAGUCCGAAGCUGGCCCAGCACUGGCAAGCAGACAAGCUGCUCAGAGCUUCUCGGCUCAGCUUGGCAAGAUGCGGGGGAGGUUCGGUGCGUUUGACAGCCCCAUCAGCAUUGCCCUGGUGACAUCACGGGGAGGCAGGGAAAGCUGCGGGGACGCCCUGCGGAUGCUGCGGUCUCUCGGUGUGAAUGCAGAUGAAGCAUACUGCCUGGCUGGGGCGCCUCGUGGUCCCAUCAAGUCCCUGCUUCGACCUCACUUCCUGCUCAGCGAGUGUUUUAGCAGUCACUGAUCAAACUGAGCAGAUUAGACUGAUGACAUCAUGACUGGGACUUAAAACAAAAAACAAACAAAAAAAACUUUGCUGUGUUUUGGAAUAAGCUGCUUUUCAGCUUUUCAGACUCAACUUUGUUGGCAAUUUGAACUUUUCAGUCUCAUUAAGCCUUAACAAGCCAAUGAGGGAGCAAAACUGAAGCUCCGCCCACCACCAAAAGUCUUAUAGUUCUGGGAAAAUGUAGCAAAAGGUUUGAGCUGAAGGGGCUCUGAACACCUUAUUGUGUUACUCAGGCCUGCUCCUUUUUUUUUUUUUAAUACAGCGGGGGGUUUAUACACAACUAUGCUGACAGUAACACUUUGACAUAUGAGAGAAAAUAUACCUUUAAACCUGUUAGCCAACAUCAUACUAUUACCAAUUACAGAGUUUUCAGAAUGAACAUGCCCCUGAUUAAUUACUGCUUUUUUUUUUUUUUUAAUGCUUUCUUUGUUGUGUGACUGUUUGAUGGGAUUUAUAUGUUCUUGCAGGGACAAGAGAAAUGGAUUUAUUUUUAAACGUAUAUCUUGCUUUCCUGACCUUCUUCUUCUUUGGGUUUUUUUCAAAAUAAGAGUGAAAUGAAUAUUUUCUGUUAUGAAAAUAUUUUGAAUUCACCUUUAAAGGUGCUGUAUUGGCAUGACCGUUUGUGAAAACAAUAUUGACAAA